UAUCCCCAAAUAUAAAAGGUAACCCUCGUAUUAUAACUAUUUGCUUGCUUGUAAAAUGUCUCUAACUUCUUGAUGGUGAUAUCUGGCUGUGGCAUAAUUUCAAUUUCUCACAUAUUUUUUGGCAUUUUUCUGCUUGCUUCUUAUCGCCUGUUGGGAUUUAUCAGAAUUUUUGCAUUUCUAUAUGCCGCUGACCGCCAUGCAUGUUUUUUCUUUUGUUGAAUACAUUUUCGUUACUACAAAUUAUGAUAACUCGGCGCUGAUUGUCUGACUUGAAAUUAGUUUAGUUAAUAGUUUUGAAAUAAACCAAAGACUUGUCAUUCGUAAAAACAAUCACGAUGAAGGGAGGUUUAUGCUGGUCUUUCCUGACUUUGGUGGCACUUUCUACCGCAGGACGUGACGGUUAUUAUAAAACUGAAGAUGGAAGUUCUGUGUUUAUAGCAACUAGACCAGGAUAUUAUUGGUUUGAUGCCGCCUGUGAAUGUGCCAAACGAAAUAUGACUCUAAUCACAAUUGAUAGCCAGCACAAGGAAGUGCAGAUUUAUAGGCUGCUGGAGAGCAUAGGUUUCGGGGGCUUUCAGUUUUAUACUGGAGCCAACAAUAUUGCAAAUAUGCACAACUACAAGUGGUUGUCCACAGAGAAUUUUAUUGAAUAUUCGAAUUGGAUAUCUGGGGAACCUAAAUACGGAGAUUUAUACUGCUUGGUCAUAGAUUCUGAAUCCAAGUGGUUCACCUUUAAAUGCGGUUUUAAGAGUUUUUUCAUAUGCGAAGAAAAUGCGUAUCUUCAACAAACAAAUGCAGAUGAAAGCAAAGACUUAUUAUUCGAUUUCCAUCAGCAACUAAAGAGCGAAUGCGAAGCGUCUUCAAGCCACGAUCUACAAGAUCGACUAAUAAAGCUUUUGAAAAGCGAUACCAUUAUAAGCUAUGUUGGUGAAGUAAAAAAAAAUCUACAAAUAGAAAAUGAAAAUUUUAAACUGCAAUUAAAUCACACGCUUACAGCCGUUGAGAAUACAACAAAACAACUGGGCGAAAUACAAGAAUUUUUGGUAACAAAUGUGACAAAAGAAGCACAGCAAUCAGCAGGAAUGCUGGAAGAUUUCAUUCGACAGGAGAGAGAAAAGCUUGAGGAAUCACAAGAACUCUUGUUUGGUAAUUUGACCAAAGAAGCACAGCAUUCCGUGCGAUUGGCAGAGCUAAUACAAGAAGAGAAAAAACUGCGGGAGGAAAUUCAACAACGUUUGGAAAUGCAUUUGAACGGUGAAGCACAAAAUUCGGCACGAAUGAUGGAAGAGCUGGUUGAAGAAGUGAACGAAAUGAGACACAGUUUGGCCAAAGAUGUAUUUAAAACCGCACUGAUAGAACAGUUAAUGCUACAACAGAAAACACAGUUGGAGGAAAAUCAAAAAGUUUUGGAAAUCCAAUUGACUGUGGAAACACAAAAUUUGGCGCGAAUGGUGGAAGAGCUGGUUCAAGAAGUGGACGAAAUGCGCAACAAUUUGGCCAAAGAAGCACAUAACAUCGCACGAUUGCAAGAGUUAAUUCUACAACAGACAAAACAGCUGGAGGAUAAUCAAAAACUUUGGGAUAAACAUUUGACCGAAGACACACAAAAUUCGACACAGAGAGUGGAAGAGCUGGUUCAAGAAGUGAACGAAAUGCGCCACAAUUUGACCAAAGAAGCACAGCAUUCCGCACGCCUAUAUCAACAACAACAUAAACAGCUGGAGGAAAAUCUAAAACUCUUGGAAAAACGUUUAAACGAAGCAGCACAUACAUCGGUACGAAUGGUGGAAGGGCUUGCUCAAGAAGUGAACGAAAUGCGCCACAAUAUGUCCACACAAUUGACCAAAGAAGCACAGAAUUCCACACGGCUGGAAGAGUUAAUUCAACAGCAGAAAACAGAGUUUGAGGAAAAUCAAAAACUUUUGGAAAACCAUUUGAUCGAUGAAGCACAUAAUUCGGGACACAAGAUAAACGAAUUGGCACAAGAAAUCAAAGAAAUACGCAAUGAACUUAGGAAUUUUCAUACAUUCCAGAACGUUGCUGAAAGGCAAUUUGCAUUCAUUGAUUCGCUAAAUCUUAAGGAAAACUUUAAUGCCACUUCCUAUACGGCUAAUUUAAAGUCUAAAAACGAUCACAUUGAAGAUCUCAGAAAAACCAUCAAGCAGUUAGAAAGUCGUUUGGCCGAGUAUGGAAAAUCACAAAAUUGUACUGCUCCAAAGAACUUUUAUUUUGUACAGCGUGGUCAACCAUAAGGCAACGAAUGGAUCAAAGAUUUAAAAAAAACUUUUUAAAUAUAGCUAUUUUUGAGCUG